AUGCCCUUCAAACGAAUCGACUACCGAGAUCUCGACAUGUUCUACGUCUGGAACCCUGAUCCUAGCGAGUUCCUCACGGCGACGCACGACAACCUCCCCCAGUCGCACCCGCUCAAGGAGGGACUUCCCGUUCUCGUGUUCAUCCAUGCAGCGGCUGCAAAUGUCACUUCGUGGCGGCAGCAGAUGGGCGACCCUCGACUCGCGACUCAGUUCAACCUCUUCGCAAUGGACUGCCGCUUCAACGGCUUCUCGAAGGGCGGAGAGCGGGCACAGCACACGUUGGAGAACUCGGCUGAGUGCGUGAUGGCGACGCUGGACGAGAUGGGCUUUCCGGCUUACAGUCUCUACGGCGAGGGCGUUCACGGAGGGAACAUUGCGAGCUGGAUCGCGGUCAAGCGGCCGGAGAAGGUGCAGGCUUUGCUCCUUGCCUCGCCGGGAUUCCCUAGCGAGCCGCCCCAUGUCGUCGAGAUGCUUCGCGAGGUCGAGACCGCCCCCCUUGUCAACAAGGACGGCCGGGGCGACAAGAGCGGCACACUCCCGCCUGAGGCGCUCGACGACAUCUGCGCCUACUUCAUCGGCGGUCACGAGCGACUCACUGCGCACCGAGAAGCGAUGAAGGAGCGCUUGCAGGAGCGCUACGGAUCGGGUGUCGGCGUGUCUUCGCACGAUAUCGGCUGGCUCUUCCGCGCCGUAUACGACCGGAAACCGGUUCCUCAAGAGUUGACGGCGACCGUCAUUUGCCCAGUUCUGAUCCUGCGUGGCGCAGACGACCGAGUUGUCUGCCCCGUCGACGCCUGCGAACAAUGGGCGAGCAUGUUCGUCAACGCCAGGGGCGGAGUCUCGAUCCACGCCAUCGUGGGCGCACCCGGCCUCAUCUCCCUCUCCGACGCGAACAUCGUCAACCGCAUCAUCGCCCAGUUUCUCCAGAGAUCUCUCACCGCCAGAUAG